ACUCAACUUAACAAACGAAACCAAUGAGAAACCUAACAGCACUACUCAUUCUAUGGACAUUUUUCGAAAUACGUGCCAGCCCCGAAGAGUGCGACUGCCAAGUUAAACACGAUGUGGCUUGGUGCUGCGGGGGUAGGGUGAAGGUCAGUCGGAGCGGGGGGUUUUGGGAGGUCAAAUGUCAGAAAGGCGACAUAUCCUGCGAUACGCUCCCACGACUGGAGUUCGGCGCAAACAGCACCAUUGACCUGCGUGUCGAUCACUGCUCGCUGGCUUCGCUGCAGUGCCUGCCGCAGCGGCUUGCCGCCGCCGAUGUACGUCACUUGGAGUUGUACUGCACCCAGGGUGUGAACCUCACGACGGACUUGGUGAAGGAGAUGGACUUGGAUACUUUUCAGUUUGUUGGUGAAGAUGAAUCUGUCUCAAUGAAUUUCCCCCGCGAACCCCUCUCGCAGCAUCCCAAACUCUACUCGAUAACCUUCAAAGAGGUCACUCUGUCCCUCCACACGGGUGACUUGGACGCCUUCUCAGCCCUCCAAUUCCUCAUGCUGACUGACACUCACGUGAGGAACAUCCCUCUGAAGCUAUUCAGGAACGUCAGCAAUCUGGAAGAGCUGACGCUGAAUAGAAACGAGAUCGAAGAGAUUCCUGAUGAUUUGUUUGAUGGUUUGUCCCACCUGCGCGUCGUACAUGUAAGUAGCAACAGGCUGACGUCUCUGGCGUUCCUGACGCGAGUCAAUCUCCCGACGCUGACGACGGUCGACGUCGCUGACAACCGGCUGAUGGGCUUGCCGAGACUAAGUUCGCUCACCGGUUUGGCGGAGCUACAUCUCCACUCUCAAAAGGGCCUCAAUCAUUCACAACCCUUCGUAGUCUCCCCACUCGCUCUCGCGAACCUCGUCCACCUUACAAAACUAUCCCUGCGCGCCUGUCGUCUGUCCGAAUUGCCGAACGAUAUGUUGCACAACUCCUUCGCAAUCAAAGACAUCGACCUAUCGCAAAAUGAAUUGGAGACUCUUCCUCUCGGACUGUUCAGAGACCUGCACAAUCUAGAAACCUUAAAUCUAGACGAGAACCACUUCGCGUCGCUGCCACCUGACGUUUUUGCAGGUCUUACGGCGCUGAGGACUCUGUCGUUACGACAUAACCGCAUCGAGGAGUUGUCAAAAGGAAUCAUAUCCACCUUAACCUCCCUUCACGCACUCCACCUGUCCCACAACGCAAUCCACAAGAUGGCGUCGAUGUCACUCCCUGACAGUCUCCAAGUGCUGGACUUGGACCACAAUCAACUCAACUUAGACGACUCCAGCGCUUCAGACGAUAGCACUAUAAAUAACUACACUACGCUCAAGGGCCUCCUAUCUCUCCGGGAACUAUCAAUCUCGCACAAUCGCCUCACUAGAAUCCCUCCGGACCUCUCUAACCUGAAGAAAUUGAGAGCGGCUAAUUUGUCGCACAAUCAUAUCACGGCGAUAUGGGACGGCGGUGACACUCGUGCGGGGAUUCGAUGGUGGAAUGGGUCGGAAAAGAUCACGAACCUCCACCUCCUCAGUACCCACAUCACCAUAGACUUACGACACAACCAAAUUUCCACUAUAGAUAUUAAGAACCCCACCGAAGACGACACUGAUCAUACUAUAAACAGAGUUAUCCUUCUUGAUAACAACCCUUUGAAUUGUGAUUGUAAACUUUACAAUCUCGCUAAGAACCUACAAGGACAUAGAACCGAGACUGCAAUUUACAAACUUGGUGAUUCCGAAUGCGCCUCGCCAGAAAGCUUUAAAGGAGAACUAGUCAAAACUUUACCUUUAAAAAAUUUUAUUUGUCAAAUAGCCGAGAAAUACAACUGCUCCAACAACUGUGAAUGCCAAUAUAGACCUUACACUAACGCAAUAGAACUCAACUGUAUUGCUGAGCCAGAUAUAUACCCCGAUUUAAUACCAAACGCAAUGUACGAAAUCAGUUUUCGUCAAGUUUCGAAAUCACUUGCUUUGAAUACACCGGGUGUCCGUAAAGUGAAUCUUUCCGGGCUCGCAAUGCAUGAGAUACCGAUUGUUAUCCCGAACACGGUCGAAGAAUUGGACUUGAGUAACAACAGUUUGAGCAGAAUACCAGCGGAACUGCUGGAGAAGAAUGUCAUUUUAAGUCUUGCCGGGAACCCGUUUGAAUGCGACUGCUGGCACAAAGAUGAUAUUCGUAAUCUUCAGAACCACUCCUCCAAAAUCAGAGACUGGGAAGUCACAACUUGUUCAGAUAAAAUACCAAUCCGAACAGUAAAUCCUGAACAACUGUGCAGCACGUUGCUGGCCGCAGCCGUCGGCGGGACCUUUGCGCUGAUCGGUGUGCUCAUCGCAGCGACGACUGCGGUACUUUACUUAUGUUCUUUUGAAGUGAAGGUAUUUCUAUACAAUAGAAGUUUAUGUUCCUGUCUCGUCAACGAACAAGAAUUAGACAAAGACAAAAAAUACGACGCGUUCAUAUCUUUUUGCCAAAAGGAUGAAGAGUUCGUCUUAGAAAACUUGGUUCCCGGGUUGGAAACCGAACCGUACAAUUACAAAAUCUGCGUCCAUGUUAGAGAUUGGAACCCGGGGGAAUGGAUACCGGCACAGAUAGCGACAUCUGUCGAGUCUUCUAGAAGAACAAUUAUAGUUGUUUCAAAGAACUUUCUGGAUUCUAUCUGGAGUCGAUUGGAGUUUCGUGCGGCGAAUAUGCACGCCGUUCAUGAACGCCGCAGUCGAGUUAUUGUCGUAUUAUUGGAAGACAUAGCCAUUCAUGAGGAAUUAGAUCCGGAAUUAAGGGCAUACUUGUCGACGAACACGUAUCUCAAAUGGGGUGAUCCGUGGUUUUGGCCAAAGUUGCGUUACGCCAUGCCACAUAAGGGUGUGAGAGAUAGAGAGGCGAGGAUGGCAGAAGCGAAGGCGCGCCAAGAGGGACAACGAUUGGCGAAGCAUUUGGCCACUAUCGACUUGCAACUUGCUGAACGGAAGCUAUAAAUACCAAAUGAUUGGGAGAAGAGUCUUCUUCAAUUUAUUGAUAAUAACUUUUUUAUAAAAAGAAACAAAGUAAAUUAGUAAAUUACACUUCAAAGCACAAUAAAAACAUCUACGUUAAUAUUUCCUUCUUGAUCACAAGUUCACAACAUCUUAUUACUAGUGUUAUUAUUAUUAUUAUUAUUCCAAUCAGGGU